GGUUUCAUUUGCAGUUGCCUGGGCACGGAGGAGUGGACUGCAGACAGACAGACAGAAGGCCCGUGGGCGUUCGUCUGACGCUCCGCCCCGUGCGCAGGGGAGCCUCCCCUCCUCUAGAUGUCACUGUGGCUCCGCGCGAGUUCCUGUUUCUCUGUGGUUGUAGCGCUGGGGGAGGCGAGGGCUGUAACCGGAGGAAUGAUGGCUGAUGAAGAGGAGGAAGCCAAGCAGUCCGUGCAGCUCUUGCAGGAACUGGUAGAUCAGCUCUACUCAUUUCGGGACCACUACUUUGAGACUCAUCCAGUUGAAUAUGCCAGUCAGAAGCAUCAGGAUGUGCGUGAAGAAAUGGAGAAGACCCUACACAAGAUGGAAGAAGCAGUAGGCUAUUCCCAGGAAAAGGCCUGGGUUCUUAUGCUGACAGGGAAGGCUCUGAAUGUGACUCCAGACUAUAGUCCUCAGGCUGAGGAGCUUUUGUCGAAGGCUGUGAAGUUGGAGCCUGAGCUGGUGGAAGCCUGGAACCAGCUGGGUGAGGUGUACUGGAAGAAAGGGGAUGUUGCAGCUGCACACACCUGCUUCUCUGGAGCCCUCUCCCAUUACAAAAACAAAGUCUCCCUGCAAAAUUUGUCAAUGGUGCUUCGUCAGCUUCGGGCUGAGACUGGUGAAGAACAUUCCCGUCAUGUCAUGGACAGUGUCCGGCAGGCCAAAUUAGCUGUGCAGAUGGAUGUGCAUGAUGGACGUUCAUGGUAUAUCUUAGGAAAUGCAUACCUCUCCCUCUUCUUCAACGCAGGCCAGAACCCUAAGAUUUCUCAGCAAGCUCUCAGUGCUUAUGCCCAAGCAGAAAAAGUGGACCGGACUGCUUCCAGUAAUCCAGAUCUCCAUCUGAACAGGGCAACGCUGUAUAAAUAUGAGGAAAAUUAUGAAGAGGCCCUGGAAGGCUUCUCUAGGGCUGCAGCACUAGACCCAGCCUGGCCAGAGCCCCAGCAACGAGAGCAACAACUCCUGGAAUUUCUAGAUAGAUUGACCAGCCUCCUUGAUAGCAAGGGUAAGGUGAAGGCCAAGAAAUUGCAGAGCAUGUUGGGAAAUCUUCGGCCAGCCCAGUUGGGUCCUUGUGGGGAUGGGCGCUAUCUGGCAGCCUCUGGGCAGAAGGUGGCACUGGAGCUAAAGCCAUUGAGUACUUUGCAACCUGGCAUGAACAGUGGUACUGUAGUGUUGGGCAAAGUUUUGUUCAGCCUUACCACAGAAGAGAAAGUACCCUUCACAUUUGGUCUGGUGGAUUCCGAGGGCCCCUGUUUUGCAGUGACGGUGUAUAAUAUGGUACAGAGUUGGGGUGUACUCAUUGGUGACUCUGUAGCCAUCCCUGAGCCCCACCUACGGCGCCAUCAAAUCCAGCAUAAAGGAAAGAACUACUCCUUUUCCUGUAUUCGUGUGGAAACACCCCUCUUGUUGGUGGUAAAUGGGAAGCCACAAGGCUCCAGCAGCCAGGCUGCUUCCACUGUGGCAUAUCGACCACAGAGUGAAUGACUCUCAGAAUCGUCCUACUUAAAGGAAGAAGUGGGGACAUGGAGAGAUGUUCCAGGGAAUGAAGAGGCCGGAUGACUCUUAUCUAGUGACUCAGAGGGGUGGGCAUGUGUUGGGUUGGAUUUUUCCUUUUUUGUCUUAUUACAUAACUUAACUUCUCUUCCUCCAGUCCCUAUAUUGCCCCGUCUCAGCUCUUUCAGUGCCUGCCCCCUUACAUGGGGUAACAUCUGUUGUUUUCACUGAUCCCUAUAUUCUGGGCUGAGGUCAUUGGAUAGGUGUGAGUGCUGGGCCUAGGCUAUGGGGGCUGGGUCCCCAAGGUUCCUAUUUUUGGAUCUUUCCUGAGCCACGUGUGUAUAUAUAAAUUAGUUCAAUAUUUAUUGCUGGGGAAGGGACUGAAAUUUUUUAUAGUUUGUUUUUUGACAAUGCUUUUUUAAUUUUUAAGUCAAGGCUUUGCCCUUUCUGUGAAGCAGGGGCAACAAUUAAAUUCAUUUGGAAAAACAAAACCAAACAAA